AUGGAUGUUGACGGUCUUGAGGGCUUGGAUCAGAUUGGUCCGUCCGUCUACCGCGUGGCCAUGAAACUUCAAAGUCUACAGAACAUCUGUCACAUGGAUGUUGUUUUGCUUCAACACAUCACAGCAGCACUCAACUUGGGGAGCACACCUAUGCGGGAGUGCAUGCUCAGCAAGCAGGAAGUAACUCAGAACCUAAAGAGGAUGUUCUGCAACACGUCGGUGGAAUUGUCGAGUCAUGUGAUGCUGGAGGCGUCUGAGCAGAUAUGCAGUUUGAUGUUCAGGAUGUUUGACAGGAAUGAGUCGGGUCAGAUUGCAACACUUUCUCUUUACGUUGCUCUCCUCUGUUUAUCGGCUGAAACUCUGCUGCUGAAAUACAGAGGUUUGGUGUGCGCAGCAACAAAUGAUUCUGGGUCCAUCAGCAGGUCUUCGCUCAGAGCGGUAUUGGAGGAUGUGAGCCAGGUUCCUGCAGUAGUCCAGGAGGAAGGCAUGUUUGGUGACGUUGAUGAGGCGAUCAAGUCGUGUUUUCAUGGGGUGCUGACCCACACCGUAAGAAGGGAACACGUGUCUUCAUGGCUGCAGAGUGAGCCUCAUCUGUUACUAUGGUUACCUGUCCUGUUUCGUCUCUCCGUGAGUCAGAAGGUUGUUCACAACGUCCGCUGUCACAUUUGCAAGACAUUUCCCAUCAGCGGACUCAGGUAUCGCUGCAUGAGGUGUGUCAACUUCCAUCUGUGUCAGAGCUGCUUCCUGUCUGAGCGACACACACGCAAACACAAGAGUCACCACCCAGUCACUGAGUUCUGUACACAGCCCACCUGGCAAGAGUCUCUUUCCUACAUGGCACGCUGUGCUGGUCACUUCCUGUCACCACGGCGAUUUAGUCAAAGAGGAACUGACAGGAGCAGAGGCCUGCAGGGGAAUCAACGCAGUCAUCUGCCCCCACACUGGACCAACACCACGGAAGAAUGUAAGAGUAGAACCUCCAACGAUUCCUCAGUGCAUCCUCACUCCUCUUCAUCAAUAUCACUGCAGACUGAAGACAUGCUGAUAGAACAGUCGGAGGUGUCCACUUUGCUGGCUGAAGUCCGAGACCUCAACAGAGACAAGAGGCUGUUAGAAGAGGAGAUGAAGGUGUGGCGUCUCGCUGUUCAAUCAGAACACAGUGUGCUGGAAGAAAGGUGCACGGAGAUGGAGAUCACCAUGGAAGCAGUCCGAGAACACAAUUGCCAUCUGCAGGUGAUGCUCACUCACGCCCAGAUCAAGAAGGAAGCCAAUUAUGUCCCACAGCAGGACAAGAUGGAAACUAUAGAAAAGAUGUUGACUUCAUCUGAAGCAGACAGGGGCACAGACACAGAUCUGAAAAAGGAAUUCCUAUUGAAGACGGAUAACCAGUGGAGUGAAAAUGAAGAAACGAUAUCAACUAACCAGAAAAUACCUUGGUCACAUGACAUCCACUAUGAGGAGGCGGAGUCAGCAGGUGAACGCCUUCUUUGUCAAUCAGUACAACAGGAGAUCGCAAAGAACGUGGAGCCUUUGCAGGAGGACACGUGUAUGGUUGAAUGUGAAUCAUGUGAUCCAGAAGAGCUGCUGCAGGAAACGGCUGACAGACUGAGAAGUUUCUUAUGGCCAUGCAGGAGGAAAGACAAACAGUCAGGUGAUGAGAAGGGGGCGGAGCUUAUUGAGGCUGCAAACCUGGUUGGAGACUCGUUACGCUGCCUAGUGGACACAGUGAGACAAGUCCAGCCCCACACUAUAGAUUUUAUGUUGAACUGAUGUCUCUUUUGAAAUAUAUUUAUUACAAAUCCCUUUUGAAUGGUAACCCUGUUCAGAGUGGAGGGAAUCUAUCACACUUCAGCGAAAAUUUUAGGAACUUAAUGUUUCACAAGGAAGAAACUUUCAGGGGUGAAGUUCUUGUGCAGCAAAAUGGGUUAAAGACAUAAUAGACAUCGCACCAUUGUCAAUCCACUAAUCUUUUGUCAACCCCCUUAUCCAUUUACGUAUUGAAUAAGUGUACAAACAAAAACCAGGCAAUGCCUCAAAGUUGCGACCUACUAAGGGUGAACUGAAUGUGGAAAUGUGUGAUGUCUCAUGCCAACUUAAUGGCUCAUGAACACAAAUUCUACAUGCUAUGGAUGCUUCGGCAACACACAAAGGUGGUUGUUCAAGCUUUGCUGACAUUUGAUUUCAACAUUGUAAAAGCUUGAAGAUAAAAUUCACUUUUUAACCAAUGCAUUUAAUGUUUCAUAUUCAUAUUAGGGAAGACAUCCUAUGAAUUUCUCUAGGUGAUCAUUUUGCCACAUAUUGCUGUCACAAUAUGUUCCUGUGACUCCCGCACAGGGCUUCACGGUGGCAGAGGGGUUAGUGCGUGGUUCAAAUCCAGGCUCGGGAUCUUUCUGUGUGGAGUUUGCAUGUUCUCCCCGUGAAUGCGUGGGUUCCCUCCGGGUACUCCGGCUUCCUCCCACCUCCAAAGACAUGCACCUGGGGAUAGGUUGAUUGGCAACACUAAAUUGGCCCUAGUGUGUGAAUGUGAGUGUGAAUGUUGUCUAUCUGUGUUGGCCCUGCGAUGAGGUGGCGACUUGUCCAGGGUGUACCCUGCCUUCCGCCCGAUUUUAGCUGAGAUAGGCGCCAGCACCCCCCGGAUGGAUGGAUGGACUCCCGCACAACUUGGCCAGUUGGAAGGAUAUUAGCAGCAGCUUGUGGUUGCGGAACAAUGGCACCAGAGACAGUGGAGGAAUGGCUGACUUUGUUCCACGUGACUGCUACUGCAAGUGCCUCUCCUAUGUUGCAAUAAUAAAUCGCGUAGUCAAACAAGAGUCAAAGUCUUUCCUACCCUUUUUGA